ACAACACGUUUGUUUUCUGCAACUACCAAUGAUCUGUCUGUAUUAGUGAAGCAUUAAAGUUGUUUCACUGCUGACCACUCAAUCGUAUUUCGGUCUUUUUUCCUUCCUCCGCUCGUCGCCAGUGAUGUAAUAUCUCCCCGACGAUGUCGGAACAUUUCACAGUCAUUCAAGAAAAGGAAGGAGAGUUCUUUGCACCACGACAAGCUUUGAUUCAUGGCGUACGAUUAUCAUUUUAUGUGCCCAACAUUGAUAAAGACUUUGAGAGGGACUUGAGUCGUUUUGAAACCCGAUCAGAGGAUAUUUAUGUGGUUAGUUUUCCAAAAUCAGGAACAACCUGGGUGCAAGAAAUUGUCUGGCAAAUACUCAACGAUGGAAAAAUCAGCGAAGAAAGGGUGGAAAGUCGCUAUUCCUUUUUGGAAACAAGUCAGCUCUUCGAUAGGCCCGGAGACGAGUCAGACGAGCAGAAGGUCUCCGUGACUUCUCGGCCCAGUCCCCGCUUAAUUAAGUCACAUCUUCCUUAUCAUGUGAUUCCAAAGAGUAAAGAGGAGAGAAAAAGAAGCAAGUAUAUUUACGUUGCAAGAAAUCCAAGAGACGUUGCUGUUUCAUAUUAUCACUUCGUCCUAGGCUUUGGCCCUAGCAGUUAUUUUAAAGGGACAUGGGAGUUCUUUGUAAAGUUGUUUCUUGAGGGCAAAAAUUCAUAUGGCUUUUGGUCUGAUCACGUGUUGCCCUGGUGGAAACACAGAGAUGAACCUUACGUCUUAUUUCUCAAAUAUGAAGAUUUAAAGAAGGAUCUUUGUGGUAACGUUCGACUAAUCAGCGAAUUUCUCGAGAAGCCACUUUCAGAUGAAAUGAUCCGCAAAAUCGCCCACCAGUGUACGUUUGCGGAAAUGAAGAUAAACUCCAACUCUUAUGUCAUUUCGGCAUAUGCUACAAAACCAAACUUCCUUCGCAAGGGUCAGAUUGGAGACUGGAAGAGCCUCUUCAGUGAAGAAUUAAACAAGCAAUUUGAAGAAACGUUCCUGACGAAAUUGAACGGGACUGGACUGCAUUUUGACACAGAAUAACAAACAUUGAUUGGUUUUCAACUUGAAAAUCGAUUCCUUGUAAAAUGCAUUUUAGUAAUGUAGUGCUUUUAAUUGCAAUUCUUCAAGCUAUUGCGUAGCUAAGCAAAGCAAUCUCUUUUCUGUGAAGCGGGCACGGAUGAAGAGUAAUAUGGGUGUGGUAGAGUGACCUAAAGUUUGUACGAGGAGAGAAAGCGAAAACGUUAAUCUCGUUCCCAGAUCCUACCAUUUAACUGCAACUGAAAAGUCGGACUUUACAAUCGCUUGGCCAUGGAGAGUCUGGAUACGAGACUACGAAAACGUAGAGGGUGGGGAUGGGGGGGGGGGGGGGAAAGAGGUUAUUGGGGAGAAAGGAGGAAAAUCUCCACCCUAUCCAUAUUCGAGAAUUAUUUGGGGGCCACGGUUUUGGUUUUCGUUUUUUCGUCACCAACGCCACACAGCAAGUUACAAAACGUAAAUAUAAUUCUUUUUGGUGCCUUUCUGGGUGCCACCGUUGCCUUUUCCGAUACCUCCAUUGUUUAUUACAGUAGUAAAAGAUAUAUGUGCAAUCAGCACUUUUGAAAUAUUGCUUAACAUUUCAUUUAGCAGAGUUCACUGUUAACGUUUCGGCUUUACAAGACCUUUGUUUUCC